GCUGUGGGCCAACUGCGAGCAGUCUUGUCCUGCUUCUCGCCUACAUGGGGUUUUCUCUUCCUUCAGAUCCCAGCCCAGGUUCAAGUGAUGGCGCCCAGCCUGACGAGGGCCCUGAACAGAUUGCACGGCCCAGGAACCAAGAGGAUGAGUUUCCAUUCCAGGAAGUGGCUCCUUUUCCACAAUUGCCGUGCAGAUUUAGAUUUAAGUACUUUCUGAAACCAUCAAUGCUUCACGUGGAAGCGUGUCUGCUGGAAAAGAUAUUCGGUCCAAACAGAGCACUCCUCCCAGCAUUCGAACGGGAGUUCAAAGUCCUGCUACAGAUUGGCGAUCCGGACCCGGAGGGCAAAGUCGAAAUCAAUAUCUUAGGGAGUCACUGGUACAAGAAGCGUGCCAAAAGGCUGAUUCAUACCUGGACAGCAAAAUCCCAAAGGAAACGGUAUGGAGGCGCAGUGAUGUUCAACCUAGAAACUAUGAAGUAUGUCGAAAGAGAGAAUGUUCAUUCCAGUGCUUUUUCAGCCACAGUGAUGAGAAGGCUGGAUGAAGCCAUGCAGUCACUGAAAAUAGGUCAGGAGACUGUCCAGGAACCUGUUCCCAAAACAAUAUGACCGUUGUGAUUAGGCCCUUAGUGCAGGGACUUUGGUCUGGGUCAGGAGCCUUGGCCUAAGAGGCCUGGUCUGAAUCCUGCCUUUGCUUCUGUGACUAAGGGGCAACAACUGUUAGUGCUGUACACCCCUUCUCCAUAGACACUCGUUUAA